AUGACGCAAGACAACAACGAACUUCCUAGGGUACGAGGCCCUCCACCUGGAGUAACAGGUCCUCCUGAUCAUGUCAAGAAACCGCAGAUCUACGAAAUAUUCCCUAGUUCAAAACCCGAAAGUCAUGCGGGCGAAUCCACGGAGGGGCAAAAGAGCACUCCUGAACCCACGAUCAAGGACGGGAUUCAGUCCAUAAAAUCCGACGACUUCUUCAAUGUACACAAAAUCCCAUGUGCCCGCCAGGGCCUCAUGACGGGUAUCGCAUCGGGUGCGGCGGUGGGAAUGGGUCGAUAUUUUGUUGGAGGGACGGUACCAAAAGCAACAAACUGGGCUUUUGGUGUAUUUUUCUUGGGCUCCAUAAUCCAAUGGGAAUACUGCCGUGCGCAACGAGCGAACGAGCGCAUAGCAGUGGCGCGCAUAGUUGAAGUCAUGGACAAGAAGCAAGCCGAGAAGAAGGCACAAGCUGAAGAAGCUGCAAGGUUAAAAUGGGAAGCAGAUAAAGCAAGGCAAGAUGCUGCUACAAAGAAAAGCUGGUAUAAAAUUUGGUGA